AUGCAACGCGAGGACGAGCAGCAGCUAGAAAUAGCCGAGCGGCAGAGCCAGCUGAUCGUACCACCGCUAAACUUUGCAAUGAUUGCACCUGGGAUCUACCGGUCAGGCUUCCCAAACCCCAAAUCGCACCCGUUUCUUCUACAGCUCAGGCUGCGCACGAUUAUCUACGUCUACGACGGCGACUGCCAGGACUACCAUAUGCAGUUCAUCGAGCGAAACGGCAUCAACCAUAAGCACUUCCGCAUUGCUGCCAAUAAGGAACCGUUUGAGGAAAUGGACCAUGCGCUGGUCGCUGAGAUCCUGGCUGAGGUCUUGGAUACCCGCAAUCACCCGCUGCUGAUCCACUGCAAUCGAGGUAUCCGCCGUGUCGGUUGUCUUGUCGGAUGCAUUAGGAAGCUACAGGCAUGGGCGAUGACAGCUAUUUUUGACGAGUAUCAGCGCUUUUCGGGAACCAAAAUCCGCAUAUCUGACCAGGAGUUCAUCGAGGUAUUCAAGACUCCCGUGCACCUGGAUGCCCAGCAUAAGCCGCAGUGGCUGGCGGACUAG